CCCCAAGGGGCCACGUGCAGGAAGGUUUUUCUUUCUCACCUGCCUUGCUUUUCUUUUUCUUUUUUUUAUUUGAUGAUGAGUAGGCCCUUUGUUUAUCUUUCUUCACCUGCCCUUGUUUGUGUUCAACUAUUUAUCCAUACCCUUCACCUAUUGCUAGCUCCAACUUCAUAUCCACCCAAUUAGCAAUUCCUUUGCUUUGCUUUGGUUUUUUGAUUUGAACAAAUUUGAAGGGGAGAGGAAGGAACAUCGAUCACAUAUCAAUGGAUCAUGCAAAAGCUGAGCUGAAAGUUGCGGACUCCAAAAAAUGGGCAGCCAUAAAGAAGGCAAAAGAGGCGGAAGACAAAGCUGCUAAAUACGUUGCGCGAGCCGAGAGAAAGGAAAAAGAAGCUGCCGAGGCUAGAGAAUUGGCAGACAAGUAUGCUGCAGAUGCUAAGAAAAUGGGGGCGGAAGCCCAGGCGGCGAGGGCUGCGGCCGACUCUGCCUCUAAGCAUGUUGAAGGCAAGAAGAAGUGAGGGUCUUUUAGGCACGAGAAAUCCUCUCUGCUGAGAAACCAGUAAAAUUGUUUGUGUGUGAAUUAGUAUUUUAUUUUGUAAAAUUUAUGCGAUUUUUAGCAGUACGAAAUUUCUCUGUACCGAGAAACCUACAAACAGAGGUUUUCCGGUACAGAGGAUCAGGGUCUUAGGUGCCUACGUAGUUAUGAUGUUUGGCCCCGGUUGUGAUGCUAUUUUGCUUUCGUUUCCUUUUCAUGAUCUUUGUAUCGCCACUCUAGGCUUAAUAAAAUUUCUUUUAAUCA